AUGUCCGAAGCAGGAGACUUCACCCAACCGCUAGUAACAUUUCCAAACUUUGUGCAAUCCAUCUACCCUCACUACUUCGGCCCCCAAGUAACCAUCCACAUCGGCGAAAACUACUCCAUCCCCGUACACAAGGAAGUCCUUUGCAGCCGAUCACGCUACUUCGAAAACAUGUUCAAGAAGCACUUCCAAGAAGGCCAAGCCGAUGAAGCCCACCUGGUGGAAAUCAAAGACGUUCUCUCCAUCCGCGGCUUUGAGAUGUUCCUCCAGUGGCUCUACACCUACCAAAUCAUCUUCAUGCCACAGUCCCCCACCGAGGAAAUCUCCACCGCCAUCGAAUUCGCCCGUCUCCUAGACUUUUACAACAUCAGCCACAAGGCGACCGAAAGGUUUUUGGCCAAACACAUCAAGCACACGAUUAUGAGCAAUUGUGCUCAAGACUUGACGCGUAGCAGGAUGUUCGCCGUCGAGACCUGCUACCAUCAGUACUUUACCAGUGAGCAGAUUCUCUCGGCUGUGGUCUUGCCCAUUGGUCAUCCGGUAAGGGCUAUCAUCGCGCAGGCUAUGGUGCCGGGAUAUCUCCGUGACCAUGACUUUAAGUUUCUGGAUGAGGCAGAAACCGUUCCUGGCUUUGCGUUGGAUGUGUUGAGGGAGACUAGAACGGCUUUGAAAGCUGAUGGAAUGCUGACAUCGAAUAUUGAAUUCCGGGAUCCAAUGACGGGCGAAUUGGUCAGGUGCUCCAGGUGGCCGGUGGACUCGGAGUUACAUCGCCUCUGGGGGUUUCCUGCAAGACCGGCGUGGACUUUUCAGCCUUAUACGCCCAGUUUGGUGAAGGCUGAAAGCGAAUUUUAG